CAUCCCCCUUAAUUAAGGAUGAAAAUAUUAGUUAAAGCUUAAAAAAAGAACACUUGCUGUGCUGAAUAUCUAUAACCAUAUAGAUACCAGCACCAUAAUUUUGCAUCACUUCAACUCUAAGGGAUCAAAGCUUAAUUGUCCAAAGAAAAAACUUAUGGACUCCCCUCAUAAGCCAAGGUCUUUUUCACCUAACCUGUUCUUUUUCUUCCUUCUUGUGUCCUCAAAUCUCUUAACUUUUUUCAUUUCUAUCACAUUUAAGAACUCUUCUUGUUCUCUAUACCAGCAAACAUAUAAAGCCAUUGCCACUGCUUCAUUAAACAAUGCUAUCCCUUUUGUUGUUGAGACAGAAACUAGAGAUGAUGUUGUUCAUGUAUCUGAUAAACCAGCAGCUGAUUUAGACUUACCAUCUGAGUUCCUUGCUUUCACAUCUCCACAUCAACUGCCAUUUGGAGUCAACCCGAACUUUAAUUCUGACAAACUCAUCCCUCCCGUUGGCCGUCCAUGUACUAUGUUUCCAGAUUUACUUCGUCGUUACAUGUCAUACAAAAUCAAUGGUUCUUGCCCUGAUGAUGAGCUCCUGGCACAGAAGCUGCUUCUCAAAGGUUGUGAGCCGCUCCCUCGCCGUAGAUGCCGUCCUGCUGCUCAACAUGAAUAUGUUGAGCCUUACCCUCUUCCUGAGAGUUUAUGGACUACACCAUCAGAUUCAUCUGUAGUUUGGACAGCAUAUACAUGCAAAAACUAUGAAUGUCUAAUCAACAGGAUAAAAACUCAGAAAGCAUUUGAUGAUUGCAAAGACUGCUUUGAUCUCAAUGGUAGAGAGAAAAAUCGUUGGUCGUCGAAAAAGGGAACUGGCCUUGACUUCACUAUUGAUGAAGUACUAGCAGUGAAGAAGCCUGGCACAAUCAGAAUAGGGCUUGACAUUGGUGGAGGUGUGGCUACAUUUGCUGUAAGAAUGAGAGAAAGGAACAUAACAAUAUUAACAACUUCAAUGAAUCUCAAUGGACCUUUCAAUACAUUUAUAGCAUCAAGAGGAGUAGUACCUUUGUACAUAAGCAUUUCGCAACGACUUCCUUUCUUUGAUAACACACUGGAUAUUGUUCACUCAAUGCAUGUCUUGAGUAAUUGGAUACCAACAACACUACUGCACUUCUUAUUAUUCGACAUCUAUAGGGUGCUUCGGCCUGGUGGGCUGUUCUGGCUUGACCAUUUCUUCUGUGUUACUGAGCAAUUUGAGCAAGUCUAUGCUCCUCUUAUUGACAGCAUUGGGUUUAAUAAGGUUAAGUGGGUCGUUGGGCGAAAGAUGGACAGAGGCCCCGAGCUGAAUGAGAUGUAUCUUUCAGCACUGUUGGAGAAGCCACUGAAGAACUCUUGGUGAUAGUAUUAGAUGUUUCUUUUACUUUCUUACUGUGAUAGUAACAGAAGAGAAGCAGGAGAUGAUUGUUUUUUUUUUAAAUUAUCGAUUCGUUUUAGAUGACAUCUGCAGACAUAAACUAACAGUUUGAGGUAGCUUGAGUAUGAUUUUGCAAUGUUUGUGGCCAAA